AUGUCGUCGCCUCUCCCUCCGGAUCCCUAUGCUGCCCUGGGAGUGGCCAAAGAUGCCGAAUUUUCAGCCAUUCGAUCCUCCUAUCGGAAGUUGGCUCUCCUCCACCAUCCAGAUCGGAUAAAAGAUGAGGCCUUGCGAGAGAAGGGCAAGGAUGAAUUCCAGAAAAUCCAACGAGCCUGGGAGCUCCUAGGAGAUGCUGAGAAGAGGCAGCGCUAUGAUGAUCGGGUCCGGUUAGCAGAACUUCGCAAGGAAGCGAUGACGAGAGAUCCGCCACAACGCGCAGCCUCAACAGCUAACUACAAUACGAGAACGGCCGCUCCUGCUCCUGCUUCACACGCUGCUCAUGCAACCAACACCCGUGAAUAUCGAGAGGAUGGAAAUUUCUUCGAAGAAGUUCGACAUCCUAGAAAUGUCCCUUCCUACGACGAGCCAUACUCCUACGAUGAGCCCUCUAGAACAACCUCCCGCAAAUAUCCCGAAUACGAAAAGCGUGCUCCUGCCCCCAAGAGCGAGAAGAGGUCCAAAGCAGCAAGCACCUUCGCCACUGCCGGUCUUGCGGCACAAUUUGCAUCCAAGCUGCGAACACAGGCUGCAGAGAAAUCAAAAUCCAGUAGGGCGGAAGAGAGAAAAUCCGACCGGGAAAAGAAGCGGGAACGGACUGAAAAGGUCCAGACACGAAGAACGGCAUAUGUGGGUGAUUAUUCCAGUGACUCUGAUCACACCGAAGUUCGACCCUCUAUGAGACCUUCUUCUCGUUCUAAGACGACAUCCGAUUAUCCUCGAACAUCUAAAACAGAGAAGCCUCGUGAUCUGGACGAGGAGAGUUUUGACGGCAAGUGGGAGAAACACCACGAUGACGUCAAGGCGUAUAUCAGCAAAGCCUCCAACCGUCCGAGCCUGGAUAGAUCUGGUUCCGAUGCGUACCAGUACUGGGCGGGCGGUGACCCCAAAGGUCGAAAAAGUGGUAGCGAUAACGAAAGGCGACCCAAUUCGUCCAAGGGCCGUCGAACCCAGGACGACUACUUUACUCCAACUUUUACUAAGUCUACUUCCUCACCCAACAAUCUGCGAGCUCAUAUCGAAGAACGGACUCCCGCAAGAUCGACCGUCGGGGUCUCCCGUGAUCGUGAACGAGAACGUGAUCGUGGCCGAGACAAAGAUCGUGAACAUGAGAGAGAGCGGGAACACCGAAAGGUGAUCCCACCUCUAUCACGUUCUCACACAACUCCUAUGCCCAGGUCGAGCUCCAAGAAGGACUCAGCUCCUUCAAAAGGUUCCAACCUGAAGCACGGAGAAGUGCAUGACUCAAGCUAUAGUAGUAGCUCUAGUCCUCAAACCCCAGAGAUGAGAGAGCAAAGUCCACCGCGGACCUCCAAAGGUCGCUACGCCUCCAAUACUACCUCGACGAAAUAUCAUGUCGACCCAGAGAUCGUUGAUGACGAAGGUAUUCGCGCUCCUAGAGUCACCAAGAUCUACCCGGAAGAAGAUCGCUACCCGCGCUACCACAGCCCUGAGCCGCUAUCUCGAGACGCCUAUACACGCGAAACAGAUCGUCGGAGCCGGGAUAAGCCUGAGCGCCCCAAGGUUGAUACCACUUCUCGUGCGAAAUCUUCUCGGGGAGCAGCCAUGAUGGAAAAUCUGGCCGGUGGAAUCCCACCUAUUCGACGCGGUGAUUCUGGACACCACACUGACAGCAGAGCUUCACCACGCUCUCCACGUGACACACCUCCGCUUUCCCGUCACGACAGUGGUCGCGAAAAACUGUUCAAUGAAAUAUCACCUGAAGAUCGAUAUACCAGACCCUACCCGGCGGAAAAGAUUAACAUGGCACCUCGUAGGGAUGCUUCAACCACCAAAUAUGCGAACUAUCCUAGGGACGCCCCUGAUGUUGAUUACAGAUCUCGUUUCCCCGAGCCAUUCCGAGCGAGAAGACCCUCGGUCUAUUGA